CAGACGACGCCGUAAUGACGAGGGUUCUCUUUGAAACAAGGGCGGUUUCCUUGUUCUUUAUUACUUUACUGGUGUCCCUGUUGCUAUCUUCCUUCUCAAAUUUCAAUUUUGGUUAAUCUUAAUCAUCAUCAACGAAACCAAUUAUGGGAGAUUCGGACAGAGGGAAGGUGAAGGAGAAUGAGGUCAAGGAGGGAGUAGCUUCAAUAGCAUUGUUGCCAUGUGGGUCCAUAUCUGGCCACUUCAUCCAACUUCCCCACAAUAUUUGCUAUGGCCUCCAUGGAACUGAACUGGAAUGCGAGAGAGAGUGUAGCAGGGGUGAGGAUUACCGUCUGAUCAAGCUCACAAUCAUAGAUUACAAAAGAAAGAAAGAAGGAGAUGCUUUUGUGGAGUGUAGAGGUCAUGAUGCUGCUCGGUUAAGUAGCAUAGAUCAUGCUCAUGGUUGGGAGAAAGAUGUUGUUGGUAUGGUUGAAGAGAAACAUGGGAAGAACAAGAUAGUAGUUUCUUUCAACUGUGAGACACUGAAAGCUGAGAAAGCAGCAGAAGACCAUAUCAGAAACUUCAUGCCUAAAUUAGCCGGUCUUGAUGCUGUUGUAAACAUUGGGCGGAUGAGCAUUACAGGGUUGGAUUUUGAAGAUGAGGAACUUGAAUCAAAGCAGAAUUUACCUGAACUCUAAUGCAUGUUUCUUUCCCUAUAAGAGUAGUAGUAUUCCCAUCUUGGUCAAUUUUGUGAUUUUGAGCCUUAUUAAUUCCUAGUUUUAAAGAUUGUGAUGUUGGUUUGGUUAAAACUUAAAAGACAAAUCAAUAUAAAAUAUAUUACAGAGAUGAAAUCUACUUUGUUUCCGG